AAGCACUGGCGACGGGCUUCAGUGCGUCGCGACGCUUUCCGGGUAACGUCACGCAGCUUUUAGAACAAAAAUAGUGAAAAACUCGUCGCUUGUCUGCUGUUCUCGUCAACAGAUUCCAGACAAAAGCGUAGACGGAACCGCGUUUUACAAUUCUCAAUCCUGAUGUUGGCAGGAUGAAAUAAGCGAUAUCAUUGAAAAGUUAUGGCGUGGGACAGCGGUUGGAAUUUAUCAUGUCCAGUUGGUGUCAUUUCGUGAAGGUGGAAACAAAUUAAGCUCUCCUGGUGAUUUACGUUGAUGGAUUCUUUUUCCGGAUAAUUAACAUGUCGAACAGCAUUCAAUACAUUAGUUGUCCAAGCAGGUCGAUUUGUGCUUCCCCAAGCUCAACUCCAGAAGAACUGGAGCGCAGAGCGAUUAUUCAACGGAAUGAUCUUUUACUGCACGAAGCGGUCAUCAAGAACGAUACGGAUGGUGUCCGAAAGAUUUUGAAAGAACCCGUUGAUAUAAAUUCGAGAAAUAACUAUGGCAGAGCUCCAAUUCACUGGGCCUCAGCAAGGGGAAACAUAGACAUUAUGGACAUGCUAUUAAACGCUCAUUGUGACAUUGAGGCCCGAGAUAAAUAUGGAAUGCAACCUUUACACAUGGCAGCUUGGCAUGGUCAUCCUAGAGCUGUUCAGUUACUAAUUAAUUUAGGAGCUUGCACUAACGCUGUAACGAAGGCUCAAUACACGCUACUAACAUGUGCGGCCCGAAAUAACAGGGCGGAAGUGAUAGAUUUCCUUCUGGAUACUCUGGAAGACGUCCAGAUCGAUGCUGUGGACGGCGACGGCCAAACUGCGCUUUUCCAUGCGGCCGCAAACGGACACGUUUCAAUUGUAAAAAGACUUAUUGAAAUGGGUGCCAGCUUAGAUAGGAAGAAUAAGGAAAAUAAAUCUGCUCUUCAUGAAGCGUGUCAGGGUGGACAUGUAGAAGUGACUCAAAUGCUUCUGGCCAGAGAGGCCGCUAUGGAGGCUCGUGAUAAUCAAGAAAACACUCCCUUACAUGUAGCUGUUCAACAUCAGCAAAAUCAAAUAGUGCAAAUUUUACUAGAUAAUGGUGCUGAUCCUGAUUGUGAAAACCAGAAGGGUAAUACACCGGUGCACAUAGCAGCCAGUCUAGGAAGCAAAGGAAUAUUGAACUCGCUAUUGCAACAUGGAGCGUCUUUAGCAGUACAAAAUCAGAGCGGUAAUACAGCCCUACACAUGGCUUGCCAAGCAAACGAGGCCGAGACUGUGGAAAUUCUGAUAAAUAAAGGAGCUAAUCUUAACUGUCUGAAUAAGAGAUUACAAACCCCGAUUCAUAUAGCUGCAGAAAUGGGUCAUACAGAAAUAUGUAAGCUGCUUCUAGCUGCGGGGGCGGAUAUUGAACAGAGGGAACAAGGCGGCAGAACCCCUCUGUAUAUUGCCGCAAGGGGCAGUUUUACCGCCAUUGUGGAUAUGAUAAUUAAAACUGCCAGGCUGGAUUACCCAGGAACCGAAGGAAAUGGAGAUAAUAAAAAAGAAGGUUCAGGCCUGAAGCCCAAGUUAAGUAGACGGUGGAGGUCAACGUCAAAAGACGAAGGAAGAGCAAAGGAAUACGAACGAUUGAAGGAAAUUUUAUAUAAACUAGCAUAUAAACACUUGGGGCAUGGAGAAUGGAAAAGAUUGGCCCAUCAUUGGGCGUUCACAGACGAUCAAAUCAAAGCUAUAGAACAUCAAUAUAAUGGUCCCUCUAGUUACAAGGAGCAUGGCUUUCGGAUGAUGCUAAUCUGGACACAUGGACUGAGCGCGGAUGUGAAUCCCAUCAAGGAACUUUACGAAAGUUUAGUUGCAAUUGGCAAAAAACCGUUAGCAGAUACUUUGCGAAGAAAAAUCGACCAAGAAAAUGAGGCCCGACGAAGUGGAAAUAAUAAGCAGAAAUGCAGCAAAUGCAGCAUAUGUUAAACAUCCAGCAACAUAUUUGUACCAGUCCAUAUUUGUACAUAGUCCUAAUGUGAAUUAUCCUAGUUAAGCUUCAUUCCUCUUCAGCGUAGAAAUUUAAUUUAAUUCAAUCCUUUCAACUAAAUUUGUUCAAUUAUCUUGACCGUGGGUUAAUUAGUACUCGUAUAAUACAUAAGCCUAAAGCUAUUUACUGAUGAGCCUAACAGCCUUACAAAAUGAGAAAUGCUUGAUUAAAUUUCAUUGAUUUUUCUUGAUAAAAUUCAACUAUUUUCAAAAUUUAUAAAACAUAAUAUUCUAUCAGAGCAUAGGUGCCUUCCUCUCAAAAACUGAAAGCAUAUCUGGAAACUUGGACCAAACACUUGCCUUAAAUACUCAAAAAUUUCCAAAAGAAACAAAAUACUUAUCUCAAAUUAACAGAUUAACAUAUCGUACGAAGUGUACAACUUAAACUACUUACUGUCUGAUAUUUUUGUGAAAUCUAAAGUUAUAAUAUAUGCCAUCCAAAUUAGCUAUACUUAGAAAUAAUUAGGCAAAUUAAAAAUGUUUUAACCUAUUAACUGUUUAUAUUAACUUUAGCAUUAAGUAAAACCUGCUGUAAAGAUAUGUAGGUAUGUGUAUAUCUCAUAAAUAUGUCAAUAAUGUAUAGUUGAACGAUUAAAAAAGACUUUCAACGAUUCAAAAAAGAAAUACAAAUACGUACUAUGCUG